AUAACGCGUCACCGCUGCGAAUGGAUCCCAAACUGGAUUUCUGUGAGCGGAGACGCACAUUUGCAUGAUGCGGUGAUAUUCGGUACAGUCCCUCAAGACUAGUCGUUACAGCGAGGAGAAUCCCCCCACCUCAUGACUGUCACGUCAGAGAAGGAGAUCCAAGAUGGCGCUCAGUCCUCCAACGAUACUGAUCAUCGCCCAAGUUGUCGUCAUUGUAGCGUUCCUGCGCGUGUACUUCUUCCCCGACGAGGAUAGCGACCUCAACUUCGGUGGUCCUUCAGCCAGAAUCGCAGCCUACAUCAACGACUCAUACGACUAUAUCAUUGUCGGAGCAGGGACUGCCGGGUCCGUCCUAGCCAAUCGUUUAUCAGAGAAGAGUCACGUGACAGUACUAGUUUUGGAGGCGGGUCCUACAGACCAGAAUAACCCCAUGUUGGACAUCCCGAUCGCAGCCUGGCAGCAAGCAAGGACCUCGGAGGUCGACUGGAAGUAUCUCACAGUGCCACAGAGACACUCCUGCAAGGCGCUAGAGGAUCAGAGAUCGCGUUGGGUAUCUGGAAAGGUCCUCGGUGGGACCAGCCAGUUGAAUAACAUGGUGUAUGCCAGAGGUCAUCACCAUGACUACGACAGCUGGGCAGCCAAUGGAUGUUCAGGGUGGAGCUACAAGGAUGUUCUACCAUACUUCAAGAAGUCAGAGACCAUGCAAGACCCUGACCUCGCUAGAUAUAUACACCAUGGACGACGUGGGCCCCUGGCCGUGAGGACUGACCGGUUCACAUCCCUAGGGGAGGUGUUCGUGAGGGCGGGACAGGAGCUGGGAUACGCCCAUACUGAUACCAAUGAUGGAAACCAAGAAGGGUUCGGCUAUGGACAGUCCACGGUCAAGGACGGAAGAAGGAUGAGCACGUCCAGGGCGUUCUUGUGGCCGGCCAUGACUCGACCUAAACUCCACGUCACGGCCAACGCACAUGUCACCAAGGUGUUGCUGGAGGACGACCAGGCCGUGGGGGUGCAGUACAUCCAGGACGACCGCGUGAGGACAGUGAGGGCCAGAAAGGAGGUCAUACUGUCUGCCGGAGCUGUGGGGUCGGCACAUCUACUCAUGCUUUCGGGAAUAGGCCCACGUAGACAUCUGGAAGCAAAUAAGAUUCACGUGCACGCUGACCUCCCUGUUGGGGCCAAUCUACAGGAUCACGUGACCAUACCGCUAAGGAUAUUAACCAAGCGUAAAGUGUCGAUCUCACAGGCUCAAACUGACUCGCUAAUGACAUGGAUGAAAUAUUUCAUUUUCAAAACAGGUUAUAUGACAGCAAAUGGUAUAGAAGCAGCAGCAUUUGUACGGACUAUUCCUGACCUGCCAACCCCGGAUCUUGGUAUUGAAAUGUCGGUGAUGUGGCUUCAGCCGUCGACUAUGAGGACGCUGUUCAACGUUGAUGAUCAGGUAAUCCGGGAAACGGGGUGGAAGAAGGAAGAAGGAUUUUUGAUGUUUCCAAUGUUGCUGAAACCACGAAGUUUUGGCAGUACCCGACUCCGUGACUCAAACCCCCUUGAAUACCCGCUGAUAGACCCAAACUACCUCUCACACCCAGAGGAAAUCAAGAUUCUCAUUAAAGGAAUUCGCACUAUUCAAAAACUCCUGAAGACAAAUGCCUUUCGCCAAAUUGGCGCCAAGCUGGAGAACGCCCCUUUGUCUGUCUGCAUCCAUCUAAAGUUCGACUCCGAUGCGUACUGGGAGUGCUACAUCCGGGGACUGACGGUGUCAGCCUCUCACCCGAGCGGCACGUGCAAGAUGGGCACAGCAGACGACCCAACGUCUGUGGUAGAUCCACUGCUGAGGGUGAAGGGCGUGUCAGGCCUCCGGGUCGUCGACGCUUCAAUCAUGCCCACCAUCGUAUCCGGCAACACCCACGCUGCCACCGUCAUGAUUGCUGAGAAGGCCGCGGACAUCAUUAAAGAAACUUUGUGACGUACAACAUUGACACAUACGAAACUGAAACUUUAACAAGAACUACUCUUUUCUAUGACUCCAUUAUCUUUGAUUUUGUAAAUUGAACAAUGGUCUGCACUUUA